AUGCCUUUAUUCAGUAAAAAAUUCAAUAUAUUGGCUCCACCUUUAGCGCAUCUAGCUAGAUUCUCUGCUAGAAGACCAAUCCACAUUAUUUUAUUGAUUCUUUUAUGGUCAACCUUUGCAUAUGUUGCUACUAUACAAUAUUAUUUUAAUGAUAUUUCUUUUGAAUCUAUAAAACAUAAUAACAAUAGUCAUAAUAUAAAUAGCACUUUGAAUUUACCAAGUUCGGAUAUCAGUUUUCUACAAAGUUGUUCGCAUUACCUAUAUAAUAACAAUAACAAGGUUGCUAAGCAUGAUUUGACUUCAGUUUCCUUUGACCAAGUUAUUAAUUCUUUAUCUGGAAAUACACUUGUACCACAUUAUUACUUAUCUCCAUUAAAAUUUAUUGAUUCUGAAAACAUCCUACCCAAUUUAAAUAAUUCUUUAUACCAAAUCAAUGAUACUCAAUAUAUUUUAUCAACUAAUUCAAAGACCAGUGAAAAGAUUAUUGGCCAAAAAUUUAACUGGAGAUUACAAAGUCACUAUAAUCACGAUAUAAUCAGUCAAUUUUGGCAACAAAGACAUUCCUUGUACCAUACAUUGAUCAAAUCCAUCAAUUCUUUAUCUAAAGACUUUGAAAAUACUGAUUCUUUGAAUUUUUUUAUCAUUUUAAUGGCUUAUUUAACGAUGGGUUACACCUUUAUUAAUCUAUAUGAGGAAAUGAAAAGUACCGGUUCAAAAUUUUGGUUAAGCUUUGCCACUUUAAUCAAUUCUACUUGUGCGUUCUUUAUUUCUCUAUUUGUAUCUCAUUACGUUUUUCAAAAGGACGUGUCUAUUUCAACUCUUUUACAAGGUAUUCCAUUCAUCGUUGUAGUACUAGGUUUUAGACAUCAAAUCAAAUUGGCUUCUUCUGUGCUAUAUAAAUCCAACUUAUAUUCAAGUCAUCUUUCUUCGAAUGAACUUGGUACUACUUUAAGUCAUCAAACCAACCAUAAUCAUCAUCAAACAAACGAUAAUAUAAUAUAUGAUGCAAUGGUAGAAUAUGGCGGCCGUUUUGUACAAGACACAUCAUUAUGUCUGAUUGCUUUUAUCGGUUGCUCUCUUUACACUUACAAGUUAUCAACACUUUCAAAUUUCUCUCUUCUUUGUGCUUUAAUCGUUUUAUUCGAAUUUAUUUUAACCAUCACUUUCUUCUCCGCUAUAUUAUCUUUGAAAUUGGAAAUUAAUUCAAUCUAUAAGUCCACACUUAUCAAACAAACUUUGGAAGAAGAUGGUGUGACACCACAAACUGCUGACAUCAUUUCUAAUACUGAUAAUAAUUCAAUUUUAAAGGUCAAUAAAAAUUUCAAAUCUGAAACUGCUAUUGUUUUAGGUAAACUUGCUUUAAUUGCCUGUUUAAUUGUGAUCAACAUUAUCAAUUUCGUACCCCAAUCAUUAUCUGUAAUGAGCGCAUUAUUAAAUUAUAAUUCAAAUAAUGAUGUCUACAAUAAUUUAGCAACCUCUACUUCUAUUCAAUUAGACCCUAUCUUACCAGAUUUAUUACAAAAAAAUAUUAACUUAUUAUCAAAGGGUAACAUUAUUGUUUCAGUGACUCCAAUUCGUUAUUAUACCAAAUCGACUUUUAUUUAUAAUUUUAGUGACAAUUUCAUGGAUUUGUUACAUUAUCUAAGUAAAGUUAUUCGUGACAGAUUUGUCAGUAAGGUGGUCUUUGUUUCUUUGAUUAUUAGUGCCUCUAUCAACAUAUAUUUAUUAAAUGCUGCUAAGAUUCAUACUAGUUACACUGUGGCUGAAUUUUUGAAGAGAAGGAACAGUAUCAAGUCCAAAUUACUUUCUUCUUCACUUGGUGGUUCCAAAAAUAAAGCCAAUAAAAUAACUGCCAAUGAUGACACACAAUCACAAAGUAAUAAUUCUAGUGAUACAAUUAAAGAUAACGACCAACAAGUUACUGUAUCAAAUGAAACACCUGCUUCUAGUUCCAAAUCUAAAAAAAAUAAACGUAAAUCAAAAAAUAAGAAUAAGAACGCAGCAACUGUUCUUGAAGCCGAAUCUGAAGUCGAAACACCAAAAACUUUAGCUGAAUUAGAAAUUAUAUUAAAAGAAGGUAACGUUGCUACAUUGAAUGAUGAAGAAGUCACUGAAUUAGUCACAAAUAAUAAAUUACCAUUAUAUGCCUUAGAAACCAAGUUAAAGGACACUACUAGGGCUGUUGCCAUUCGUCGUCAAGCAAUCUCGAUUUUAUCAGAUUCCCCUGUUUUAGCCACUGAAAGAUUACCAUACAAGCAUUAUGAUUAUGAUAGAGUCUUUGGUGCAUGUUGUGAAAAUGUCAUAGGGUAUAUGCCUUUACCUGUUGGUGUGAUUGGUCCUUUAGUCAUAGAUGGCGUUCCGUACCAUAUCCCAAUGGCUACUACUGAAGGUUGUCUUGUUGCCUCUGCCAUGCGUGGUUGUAAAGCUAUCAAUGCUGGUGGUGGUGCAAUUACUGUAUUAACUAAGGAUGGUAUGACAAGAGGUCCAUGUGUCAGAUUCCCAACUUUAACAAGAUCUGGUGCUUGUAAAAUUUGGUUAGAUUCUGAAGAAGGUCAGACUAAAGUUAAAAAGGCAUUUGAUUCUACUUCCAGAUUUGCUAGAUUACAACAUAUUCAAACUGCUCUAGCUGGUGAUUUAUUGUUUAUAAGAUUUAGAACCACUACAGGUGAUGCUAUGGGUAUGAAUAUGAUUUCAAAGGGUGUAGAAUUCGUCUUGAAACAAAUGAGAGAAGAAUUUGGUUGGGAAGAUAUGGAAAUUGUUUCUGUAUCUGGUAAUUAUUGUACUGAUAAAAAACCUGCUGCCAUCAAUUGGAUUGAAGGCCGUGGUAAGAGUGUCGUUGCAGAAGCUACUAUUCCAGCUGAAACCGUGAAAAAAGUAUUGAAAAGUGAUGUCAAAGCACUAGUUGAAUUAAAUGUUUCCAAGAAUUUAGUUGGUUCGGCUAUGGCUGGUUCUGUAGGUGGAUUUAAUGCUCACGCAGCAAACCUGUUAACUGCUGUCUACUUAGCUUUAGGCCAAGACCCAGCCCAAAACGUGGAAAGUUCUAACUGUAUAACGUUAAUGAAAGAAGUUGAUGGUGACUUAAGAAUUUCUGUAUCAAUGCCAUGUAUUGAAGUUGGUACAAUUGGGGGUGGUACUGUCUUAGAACCACAGGGUGCUAUGUUAGAUUUAUUAGGAGUUCGCGGUCCUCAUCCAACUAAUCCAGGUAAUAAUGCUCGUCAAUUGGCCAGAAUUAUUGCUUGUGCAGUUAUGGCUGGUGAAUUGUCCUUAUGCGCUGCUUUAGCUGCUGGACAUCUAGUGCAAAGUCAUAUGACCCAUAACCGUGCAAAGAAACCAGAUGCUACUCCUACACCCGCAGCAAUUCAAUCUCCCGCAGAUUUACAAAGAUUAAAGAAAGGAUCACACGUUUGCAUUAAAUCAUAA